CGUCAAGCACAGGGUUAUAACGACCACGAGCCACAAAUCAAGCCCUCCAAAAUAACCCAAAUGAGCUCUUACUUUGUAAACUCGUUCUCAGGGCGCUACCCAAAUGGCCCCGACUAUCAGUUACUAAAUUAUGGGACCAGCAGUUCCAUGAACGGUUCUUACAGAGAUUCAAGCACCAUGCAUUCCAGCUCUUAUGGCUACAACUACAAUGGGAUGGACCUUAGCAUCAACCGCUCAGCCUCCUCUAGUCACUUUGGGGCUGUGGGGGAGAGCUCCCGCGGUUUCCCUUCUCCAGCUCAGGAGAGCAGGUUUAGACAGGCGUCUAGCUGCUCCUUAUCUUCUCCCGACUCCCUUCCCUGCUCCAACAGCGAGAGCCAUGGAGGCAAACCCGCCCCGUCCCCCUCCGACCAAGCUACUUCUGCCAGCACCACCAACACAAAUUUCACAGAACUAGACGAGACCAGCGCGUCCUCGGGAGCCGACGAGGGCACUCCAAUAAGCAGCAGCAUCCCCCGAGCGCAGGCAGAGCCCAUCGCAACCUCCACCGCAGCAACAGAAGGGCAGGCACCUCAGAUAUUCCCUUGGAUGAGGAAACUUCACAUUAGCCAUGACAUGACUGGACCAGACGGGAAGAGGGCGAGGACAGCGUACACUCGCUACCAGACCCUGGAGUUGGAAAAGGAAUUCCACUUCAAUAGAUAUCUCACCCGCAGGAGGAGAAUAGAGAUCGCUCACGCUCUCUGCCUCUCCGAGCGCCAGAUCAAAAUCUGGUUCCAGAACAGGAGGAUGAAAUGGAAGAAGGAUAAUAAACUGAAAAGCAUGAGCUUAGCCUCGGCGGGCAGCGCCUUUCAGCCAUAAAUUCUAGAGGAGGAAUACCGAGGGAAGAAGAGGAGACGAGGGGAAGAAAUACAGAAAUAAAUAAAUCAAGCGCCGCAGAGCUUAGUUUCGGAGAACUGUGCAGUGAGGCACCUUCUUUUCGGCAUGUUGUUGAUAUUCUAAAACAACGUGUAUGGUACCGUUAUCCCCGGACUCAGUUCAUGUCGUGUUCUGGUUUUGGUUUGGGUUUUGUUUUUUUUUUUUUGUUUUCUUUUUUUUUUUUUUUGGGGGGGGGGUGUUUUAAAAAAAAAUUAAUAUUUUCUUUUUAAAUUAAAUUUUAUUUCCAGAUCCUCCUCAUGCUCUUGUUGUUCUUCUAAAUGUAUGUGUCCGUGCUCUCUUGAUGCUUUCUGGAAAGCUAGCAUGUUUUAUGUGAGCCCUUUAAAUGUUCUAACUUAUUUAUAAAUUGAGAACAGAUACGACUGUUUGUUUAUUUGCUGGGGUUCUCCCCCCCCCCCCUUCCUUUCCUGAGUUUACUGCUUUUUGGGUGAGUUCUUCUCUGCCUAAGCUAAAAUCGGGGGUUCCUGCACUACAGUCGCAGAGGGAAAAAAAAUAUCUAAAAAAACCCAAACAAACAUAAAAAACAUACAAAAAAAUGUAUUAAAAAAAGGGAGGGGGGGAAGGGGGAAAAAAAAAAAAGAAAAAAAAUUUAAAAAAAGGAAAAAAUUAACAAGCUCUUGUAUCUUUCUGUCUAAAAAUUGUCCAGUCUGUGUUUUAGUACAAACUUCAGGCCAGGGUUUCUAGUCCCAGGCUAAUUCCGAGUCGUACUCUUAGACGUGGGUAAACUUCACUAUUAAAACCAACACGAAUAAUCAUCAUCAUCAUAAAUGUAUAAAAUCGGACCAACAAUAGAGUGCUCGAAGGGUUGUAAAUACUAGAAAUAUUUCUGAUGUGACUAAUAGACGGUUUGUAGUGGGCAGAGUGAAUGCAAUGUUAUGUGUAAAAAUGGCAUCUGUCAUGUCUAGCUGCCUGUUAGUACUUUGCCAAUAAGCUUUUUGUAUUUGUUUGUAGCUUUACUUGAAGUCAAAUAAACGUUUCUCCUACUCACAAA